UUCGAAGUUCGGUCCAAGUUGAACUGGGCAGCUACAGCUGGAUGGCGUCGGCAUUCCGGCAAUGGCGACCAUGGCGGUAGUCCUCGCGCGCCGCUCGCAAAGACUUGUGUGUUUGCACACUGCCUCGACGUGGAUGUUUAGGCGUCGCGCGAGUACGUUCGCAACACCAACGCAUCACGAGUACCACGUGGCCAACGGUGCGGUGGUGCAUUACUCAACUUAUGGUCCAAUCGACGCUGCAGCAUCCAUCGUGCUGCUGCAUGGUGCUCCUGGGUCGUAUGCUGAUUUCAAACAUUUGUCGCCAUUGCUAGCUCGCGAGCAUUUGAAUGUCGUUGCUUUCGAUUUGCCAGGGAACGGAAGGAGCUCAGCCGACGCUGUCGGCAGCAAGUACAACCUGUCCGAUCAAAGCCUCGCCGCCGCAAUUGUGGACGCUUUGGCCAACCGAUCAGACCCGAACACAAUGUUCAUAUUGGGCCAUUCCUUUGGCAGCCACACCGCGAUGCGAGUUGCCGCCAAUGCCAAAUCUGUUGGUGGAAUUGCUCUGUUAGCCCCCGUGGGUCUGCGGCCGCACCAUCCACUUCGCCGCUUCCCCAUGGUUCUGCUCGGCAGAUUGUUGCAGCAACCCCAUCCAUUGCGCUCCAUCCUCGCCAAGAUCAACCAGUUGUACUACAUCCACGGCCUCCGCUUCCCAAAGCGAGUUCCUCAAGACGACUUCACUUUCGCCUUGCAACGCAUUGGGUCAUGUGACUUUGAACACAUGAAGACGGUGGUCGAGACACUCCAUGCACGGAACCUGCCGUCGUUCGUGGCCAUGGCGUGCGACGACAGGUUGAUCGAGCCUGAGAUCAUUCGAGAGCUGGGCCACGCCCUUCCGCCAGGCAGACGCAUCGAGUUCCAGACUGGCGGCCACAACAUUCAAAAGUCACAGGCGAGAGAAGUCGCCAACGGUCUCGUUCAAUGGAUCGACUCGAUCUUAGCGCGGUUGUCCCAACACCCUCCUUCAACUUGAACACGGACCUCUUCGUGCGCUCUUUCCUGCGUUCUAACACGAUUUCUGUGGCAUCCGCAUGGGGUUUCGAUUGCUAAAAUCACGUCACCCAUGCUUCCUGCUGCGGGAGGACGUUCGCCAGCGAUCGAACCAAUUCCGUCGAGUUGAUGCAAAGCAUGCACACAAUGUUGCCGUGAUCGUUCUUUGUCGCGUCGACCAUCGGUGCGACACGGUGUCGCAAGUUGUUGGGAAAGGAGGAUGCACAUCGCAUCCACGCUGUCCCAACACGGCUCCAAUUCUCCUAUUCAACCG